CAGUCAUAAGUAUAUAACUAUUCCGGAAUUCUCAGCAUUCAAUUUGCGUUAUUUCCCAUCAGCAAUUUUGACUAGUUAUGGACACCAUUCAAAAAGAAACAAGUGCUUUUGGGACCAUCAAAUGUACCAAAAACAAAAAAUAAAUUCGAAUGGGGUGAAUGUGAGGGAUAGGGCAUUGAAUAAGGUGUCGAAGUCUUCAAGUAAAGACAGGCUAUGACAUGAACAAAACACUGGAAUAGAAGAUGCUAGAUGAAACAUCUUUGGAACUCUGGGGUGGUAUUAAAGCUAUAAUACCUUGAGAUUGUUUGGAAUAUGUCCUUUCCUUCUCUCCCUUUCGUAGCCUUAAAUACCCAAUCGCCCUUAUGUUUCUGCUCUUGUUCAGUCCCAAACUGACAGAUAUCGCUGUCUUUCCCAUUUAAUACCUUGCACAUGCUCCAUCUCAUCUUCUUCUUAUUUCUUUUUGUUCCCCUCCUUCUGAACAGGCUUAAAUUUAGACCAUAGAGCUUCAAUUUUCAACUCUUGCAACCAUUCAGCCUAACACUGCUCAAAUGGCCACAAGGACAACAGCAUCAGGCAAGCCAGCGAGGCAACUUGGAGAGCUCCUCCAAGAACAGCAAGAACCUUUCAUCUUAAAGGUUUACCUUGCGGAGAGAGGGUGUAUGAGAAAGAACUUAAAUUCAGGAGCUAAAUUCAUUGGCUGCCACGGCAAUUCAUGCAAGUUUCUAAAGAAGUCUGGUUGUCAAGACAAGAGCAAGAAGUGUAUUCCCCAAUUCCCCAAGGUACUUAAAGUUGUAUGUAACAAGCUCUUUACAAUUGAAGGCUUUAGAACCAAGAAUUCUGCUGAUGAAGAUGGAAAGCUUAAUGUCACUGAGAUGGACCGAAAUAACAAAGAUACUGCAGAGCCUGAUAGAUUUUCCUCUGCUAGCAGCACAACAGUGUAUAAUUCAUGUUCAGAUAUUGAUAUAGAUGAACCAUCCAUGUUUGAUGACAAUUCCAAGUCUUUCAAACCCUACGAUCAAAGCGAAAAGAAGGCUGCUGCAGAUACAAAGUUUCAAUGGAGUUGCGUGGAAGACGGUAAACAGCACAGCCCUGUGUCAGUGUUCGAAGAUAUAUCUACUUCAAGAGGCUCCCAACUUGAUAACACAAGGCCGGUUUCCAGCUCAAGGCAGAAAAGUUUGUUCUUGCCUAAGCUAAUAACGGAAGACUCAAUAUUGUCUGCUUCGCUCUGGAAUUUACUUCUUCAAACCACACCAGGGAAAUCAAGUUGUGCAGGAUUAACAGAACUACAAGAGCCUGACUUGUCUAAUUCUUCCCGGUUUUCAAUAUCGAAAAAGGUUUUGCAGCAAACAAGGCAGCUUCUGUUCGACUGUGUUAGGGAGUUGGUAGACAGCCAUGACAGGGAAGAAAAAGGCAAAGAGUUUUCAGGGUCUGAGGAGAUUGGGAAGGUCACCUGUGGGAAAAUAAAGGGAUGGGGAAAGCGAUGUGGUGAUGAAUCAAACAUAAAGCAAUGGUUGAAAUCAGAUCUAACGGAUUCAACUCAAGAAUGGAGAGAUCUUGAAACCCAGAAGAGGGACAUCGGGCUAGUAAUUGGAAACGCCAUUUUAGAGGAGAUCACAAGUCAAGUUGCAAUGGACAUGGUUAAUUAAUGUCCUAGCUAAGAUGUAAUUGCUAGCUUCGGAAUUCAAUUUCCUUCUCUAAUUUCAAUUAUUUUACUCA